AUGUUCGUCAAGGCGGCUUUGCUCUUGAGUCUGGUCGGAGCCUGCUGGGCCCUCGUCGGCAGAACUCAGUCUUCUGGAGUUCGCGGAAAACUCAUCUGUGAUGGUCGACCCGCCGCCGGCGUCCUCGUCAAGCUUUAUGACGACGAUCGAGGUCCGUCUUUCUCGGCAUUUUUUUCGGAUUAGGUUGGAGAGAUGAUCCUUCAAAAAAAAAAAAGGUUAUUUUACAUUGUCGUCGAGCAAUUACUGCCACCGCACAGGCAGAUGGUUGAUAUCAUCUUUUUUUGAGAAGUGAGGAAACUAAAAUUAAAAGAAAUAUACACGCAUAUUAUCAAGAUCCCUACCAACCUAGUAUACCGGUUUCAAGUCAUAGUCUAGGAACUACUAAAGCUUGAUAGCUGUACUUUUCUAAUUUUUAAAAUAGAGUUCCAAAAGAACGGUUAGAAAAAGAAGCGCAGUGCGUUUGUCGACGGUCGAGAACAAUAGUUUAAUUUUUUGAAAAUUCCUUGCACGAGCGUGCCGAAAAAAACUUUAAAAAAAAAAUCAAAAAUAGCUUUAGAAGCGUUUCUACGACCUGAGAAAUAUUAAUUUUUAAAUCAUUAAACAUGAAAUCUUGAGCUUUCUUCCAAAUUUUCUCUAUAAAAACCCCUGUGCUCUUUAAUUGUUAUCUUAGGAAUCGAUGCCGACGACCUGAUGGCCUCGGGAAAGACCAACGCCAACGGAGAGUUCGAGAUCAGCGGCCACGAAGACGAAAUGACUCCCAUCGAUCCAAAACUUAAUAUUUAUCACGACUGCAACGACGGCGUCAAGGUGAGGUAUUUACAGAGAUUUGAGCCAAAACUUGAGCUUUUCUGAUUUUUCUAGACUCUCUUAAUCGUCACGGUCGUGUUUGCGUGCUUCUUUUGUAUUUCUACGGAAGAAAAAAAAAUCUGAAUUAUUAACUUCACCGUUUUCAAUUUUCUCACCAUCUUCUGUGACUUCAAUUAAUCAAUAUUUAUUGGUUUUUUAGUCAGAUGGAAUCGACUUGAAGUAGAAAAUUUGAAAUGGAAAUGAUUUUCAGCCUUGCCAGCGCAAGUUCACCAUCAAGAUCCCAGACAGCUACAUCACCCAAGGCAAGGUUCGUCGUGUUUUCUUCUAGAACAAAAACCAACGGAACAUGAUUGUUCUAGAGGUUUCCGGCUGAUGAUAUUAGCUCUAUAUUAAAACAAAGAUAUUGAUUAUGCUACAAUUGACCGUUAAAUAUUAGGAUAGCUUCCGAUUCGAAGUCAUGUGGAACUUUCAGGUGGCUCAUAAGAUCUACGACGCCGGAACAAUUCAACUGGCCGGAAAGUUCCCUGGAGAAAAACGCGACUGUCUUCACUAG